GUCAUCUCUGCCUCUGCAGCCUUCCCUGAUCUCCUUCAAUGGUGACUGACCAUCUCCUGACACAGCCUGGGUGCCAGACCGCGGGAGGACCAGCGCCGUGAGCACCCCACCCGCCCCGAUGGCCUCUCCCAGGACUAUAACCAUAGUGGCCCUCUCCGUAGCCUUGGGGCUCUUCUUCGUCUUUAUGGGGACCAUCAAGCUGACCCCCCGCCUCAGCAGAGAUGCCUACAAUGAGAUGAAGCGGGCCUACAAGAGCUACGUCCGUGCGCUGCCCAUGCUCAAGAAGAUGGGCGUGAGCUCCAUCAUUCUCCGCAAGAGCAUUGGAGCCCUCGAAGUGGCCUGCGGCAUUGUCAUGACGCUGGUCCCUGGGCGCCCAAAGGACGUGGCCAACUUUGUGCUGCUGCUGCUCGUUCUGGCUGUGCUCUUCUUCCACCAGCUGGUGGGUGACCCUCUCAAACGCUACGCCCACGCCCUGGUCUUUGGCAUCCUGCUAACCUGCCGACUUCUCAUCGCCCGUCAGCCAGAGGAGCAACUGCUGGAGAAGAGGACCAUGUCGGUGAAUGGAGAAGAGCAGCCGCUUCUUGCAGAAGCAGCCCCAGAAAAGGGCAAAAUCAAGGUGUCCUAGUGGGGCACCUUUGAGGGACACAAGGAACCUCCCACCAGUUUUGCUCUCUCUUUCUCUCUCUCUCUCUCUUUCUCUCUCUCCAAAACGCCUAAAACGAUUUGCAUUUCUUUUCUUUUUGGGUUUUCAUAAAGGGUUACAUUUUGGAGCAUGGGGGAAACCUUAAGUUUGCCAACACCUGGGCUUGAGCACUCCAAAACCGCUAGAGCUGCCCAAUGCUAUAUCCCCAACAUGUGUGUAGACAUGACUUAAGUGAAUGGAUCUGGAGGGGAAUAAAUGUCCCUUGCGUCGAGUGUAUGUUGUGCACACAUGUGCGUGUGAAUUUAUGUGCUUGUGUGUGAGAGAGAGAGAAUUGAUGGCUUGAACUGCUUCACUUGAACUGCCUCUUCACCAGUCUGUAUUCUUCAGGAGCAAAAGGAAUGGGGAGGAAGUUCUUAAUCGCUUGCUCACUUACCCAAUCCUUUCUCCCCAGCAUCUAGCAGUGGAGCGAUGAACCAUUCCCGGUCCACCCACCCCAAAUGUUUCAGAUGAGCCAAGUGAUGCAUUGCACCCACCUCAGUUAGCCAAGAAUAAAGAAUACCCCAUAAUAAACCCUGCCAUUGCCUCCCCUCCCAUGCCUGUCUGUGCUGCUGUGAAAAGAUCAGGGACUGAUCACACACAAACCUGCUUUUUAUGCCAUCCAUCCAUUCACUCUGACUUGAAGGAGUGACAGGUUACUGUGGGUGGCUGAGGGUUUGACUCUAAGAACAGGGAUUUGUUUUCCAUCCCACACAGGGGUUCUGAUGAGCCAAAACACAGUGAGGUCUUUGCUAGGAAGCUGCUUCAGUUGUGUCAGUGUGCUGAGCUUAGAGAAGGAAUAGAAGGAAAGGUUCAACAGUCAGGAGAAAUACAUUUUUUUUUAGGUAUGUUACCUUUCUUGGUGUUGUCCAGUUUGCAUUCUCUUCCUUCCCCACUUCUUUUUCUCCCCUUAAUUUAUAUAAAAAAAUUAAAAAUAAACUUUUUGAAAU